CAGGAUCCCUCCGAAAGAUGAGAGGCGAGCGUAAGAGAAUACGCACAUUGAGAGAAGUCUUCCAUGGAGCUUGAAGGGACUUUACUGAGUUGCCGCCAAGGGAUCUUCCUGCAGCACCUUUAGAAAUCAUCUUCAACUCUUGCUGAAACGUUGGCAUGGAGCGCAGCACAAGUCUUUGAAAUACGGAUUAGUGGAGAUCUCAAAAAUAAUUUGGUCAAGAACUCAAAGUCUCAAAGGACGUGAAUCAGAGAAAGAACUGCAGAGAAGAGAAAGAGAAGCCCGACCCCCCCAUUACUCUUUCGUCUUGAAUCUCGGGUGGAUAGGGUCACUGAAGAAGCCAUGGAUGUAGCCACAGAAGGUGUUCAGGGGGCGAUGGUAAGCGAGACUCUGGUUCAGUUCAGGGCCACCUUACACGCCGCCGUGAGGGAGGUGCACGUGGACGUAAGUGCUUUCAAGCAGCGCAUAGAGCAGAAGAUCGGGGAGCUGUGCAUUUCCAACCGACCCUUGACCGAGGCCGUGACCAGGCUGCAGGAGGAGAACCUGCAGCUCAGGGCAAAGAUGGAGGCCCUCGGACGCCUGGUGGAGGGCCUCGCCGGGGGAAAGAUGGAGAGGAGUGCUGCUGGGAAGAACGUGGAGGAUACUUUAAAGAAUGGACAGGAAGAAAGAGAGCAGAGAGCUUUGGUUAUCUCUCGAAGAUCAGAGUACAGCCAGUCAAGUCAGUCCGCCUCCACAUACUCUGAAACAUCAGGGUCAUGUGGUGCUGCUGCUGCUGCUGCUGCUCCCAGCAACACCCCCGCCCCGCCUCCAUGGAGAGCAAAGAGACACGCUGAACUUAACGGCACUGACGCAAAAGGGGAAAAAACUGUUGCCACAGCUGCACAAGAGAAUGGAAACGCAGAAAGCUCAUCAGCGGACUCUGCUGCAGCCCAAACUACUGAAGCUGUGUCCCAGUCCAACCGCCCUCUCACCGCCAUCAAGAAACCAAGCACAGAGUCUUCUGGAUUAACUAACUCCCUUCAGUCUCCCGUGGGCACCCCCAGCAUGCCUGACCAGGACGCCUCAGGUCCUUUGACUAAACCCCAUCAUCCCCUCAAUGCAAUGAUGAAACCCAGCUCCGAAGCUCCAGCCGUGCCUCCGUCUCCUGCCUCAGCGCCCAAGGAAGCUCCAGUAGAGUCUCCUGCUAAAUGUGACGCUGUUAAACCCCAGCCCCAUCUUCCCGUCACUGCCAUGACAACCAAAACAAGUCCAGAGGAUCUGGUCGCCACCAAAACUGCCCCGUCUCCAGCAUUGGCGCCUAAAGCCGCUGCUCAUUCUACAGACGCUCCAAUAGGUACGUCUGGAGCGAAGGAGCUGAGGCCCCAGGAGCGGUCCGUCUCUGUAUCUCAGAGUUUGGUGCAUCAAUCUCUCACAGUUGUGACCAGAAGCAGCUCUGAGACUUCUGCUGCAUCCAAAAUCGAUCAGAGUCCUGCUUCUGCACCCAAUCCUGCAAUCCCAGAAUCCCAGGCGGUAAAGCGAGGCAACUAUCCAUUUCAACGUGACGUCACUGAACCCAAACCAUACUUGCCUCUUUCUGCCGUGAACAAACCCAACACAGAGUCUUCAUCCUCUGCUAUAACAGCCCCGUCCUCAAGUCUUUCAGCAUCACAGGACUCUAUACUUAAACCUGGGGAAUAUCCCUUUAAGCGAUUACCAGUUCUUAAGACGCCCAGUCCCAGUCUGAAGAGAAGUGUGAGCUUUCCUCAGCCUGCAGAAAAAUUACUUCCCUCCAAAUCAAUCAUAAAAUCUGGUUUCUCUCCUAGUUUGGACAAGAAAACGAAUAAGACAGCGGGGGUUGAGUUUAAACCGGAUUUGAUGAAAUCACAAACGCUUCCGCGCUCCAACGGGGCUCAGGCCAAGCGGGCCCUCUUUGAGAGGAUGAACUCCGAGCCUACAAAACCCAAGGACUCUAAGCCUAAACUGAAGCGCGCUCAGAGUUUCGGAGCGUCCAGUGCCAGCGGUAUCAAACAGAUCCUCCUGGAGUGGUGCCGCUCCAAAACCAUCGGCUAUCAGAACAUAGAUAUGCAGAACUUCUCGUCCAGCUGGAGUGAUGGGAUGGCUUUCUGUGCUCUGGUCCACUCUUUCUUCCCUCUGGACUUUGAUUACAACACGCUGGACCCUGCGAACCGCAAACACAACCUCCAGCUGGCCUUCACCACCGCAGAGCAGCAGGCCGACUGUCUCCGUCUGAUCGAGGUGGAGGACAUGCUGCAGAUGGGGGACAAGCCGGACCCCAUGUGUGUGUUCACAUACGUCCAGUCGCUCUACAACCACCUGAAGACGUUUGAGUAACUCUGUAUCAGAGUAGAUUACAAAGUGUAGAUGUUAUUAACCACAGCGUGUCAUGAACACUUUGAAUGAUGCCAAAAUCAGCCUCUUGAAAAGCAAACUAAUAGGAACUGUUGUUUGAAUCACGUAAACACAGACUUUAGGGUUUGACAAAUCAGUUGUAUACUGUAUGUGUGCAUUCACCAGCUUUCCUUUAGUAUUCACGCUGACACUGAUCCUGAAAAAGCUGUUUCUUAUCACAUGUAUUGUGUUUGGCUGUUGCUGCAUUUACACGACAGAGGUUGGUUUUUAUGUAGUUCUCAAAUCAGUUACAAUGCUGUAACCAAAGAAGGGAAGAAUACCACUAAGUUUAAAUAAAAAUAAUAGUUUGUAA